UGUUUGAGUGGUAUUGUCAAAAAAUUAAUUAUUAAAAGAUUAUAGAAAAUUAUAUACAAUGCAAAAGUAAAAACAAAAACAUUUAAAUAUAAAUACAUGAACAUUAUUAAAUUAAAUUACUGGUAUCAAUAACACUGAAUUAAAGCACAAAGCAAUUAGUUGUUCUUCAAAGAUGCUUUCAACAAGGACCCCAAUAUCACAAGAAAACAAAUUAUGGCUAUCAUGGCAUGAUUCCGCUUUAAUUCCAAUUCUCAAUCCGACAAAUAUAAUGGAUUAUUUUUCUCAAAAAUCAAAUCCAUUCUAUGAUCGAAACUGCAAUAAUGAGACUUUAAUGAUGCAGCGUAUAAGUUUAGAUCAGUUGAAAAACAUGACUGGAGUAGAAUAUAUACUAUUACAUGUUCAUGAACCAAUUUUGUAUGUUGUUCGAAAGCAACAUCGACAUACUAUAAAUGACGCUACACCAUUGGCAGAUUAUUAUAUCAUUGCUGGCGUUGUUUACCAAGCCCCUGAUUUGGGGAAUGUUUUUAAUUCGAGAAUUCUUUCUUGUGUGACUCAUCUUCAAUCAGCGUUUGAAGAAGCUAGUCAAUAUUCCAGAUAUCAUCCAAAUAAAGGUUACACAUGGGAUUUUUCUUCUAAUAAAGCUUUAUCUGAAAAGUCUAAAGCAACGACGAAGAAAGAAUCUAAUACCACAAGAGAAGAGCCUGGAACUUUAUUUCAAAGACAACGAGUAGACAUGCUUCUGGGAGAUUUGCUUAGGAAAUUUCCGCCCCCUAUGCCACCUCAAAUUCAGCAGCAAGCUCAAGUGCAAAUAAAUCAACAACAGUCAGCUGCGAAUGCGAAUGCUGGAACUUCCUCCCAACAAAUUAAAACAGAACAGAAUCAGCAAAUAGACUCACAGACACAACUUCAACAAAUCAAACAGGAACCAGUUGAAAUGAAUGCGCAUCAUUCUAAUAAUCCCUCAGAUACAACUGCAAAUAUGCCAGAUCAAAAAAUCGACCCUUCUUUAAUGGAUAUGAAACCACCUCCAGAAAAGAAAAUGAAAAUUAACGAUAAGUUGCCAGUUAAUCCAAAUUGCCCGAUAGUUUCGAAGUUCAACGUAAUAUAGAGCAAUCUAACAAUACUCUUAUGCAAUAACUUUUACAACGCUGAUCUAUGAAACAUCUAAUCAUGAACAUUAUAAGCGACGAUUCCAACGAACUACAAGCCAAUUUGCCUAAAACAAAUAUGUAAUUAAUUAAGCUUAAAGCUUAUAGUUAAAAUAUGUAGGUAGGUGUUUACCAAAGUUGAAAACUCAAAUUAAAUUAUGAAGUUAUGCGAAUGAAUACUUACUAGCCACAUUAUUUUUAAAGCAGUUUCUUUUUUUUUAAUUUUUGCAUAAAGUACAUACAUA